CGCGACGUGGGUAGUUCUAUUGACAACAUGUAUAAAGAAUUGGACCACUGUGCUGGAACAAUGCAAGACUUGAUUCAUCUCCUACGCACAAACACAGAGCCUAUCCGUUUAAUUAUUAUUGAUUACGCCGGCCUUUCUACUGAUUUCGCUGAUAUUCAAGCAUUAUUUGAAAAGUACAAGCAACUUGUUGAAAUUAUGGUUGAUUUAGAUUUCGGAUUUGAUUUAAUAUCACGACAAGACAUCUUGAAUGAUAAUGGCGUAUCUUCAAAGUUCAAUUACCAUGUUGGUUCUAAAAAACGAAGUCAUAGCAUAAUUUGAUUUGAUCUGUGAUCCACUUUUUAGAGUAUAAUAUUUUUUUUUUCUCUUCCAUUAAAUAUCGAACUUCUAUUUAUCGAUUAUUCCCAAGGAAUAAAAUACAUCUUUUUUAAAUUAUACUAUUGAACAGAAUAAUUUUAAAAUUUAUAUGCAUCUUUAUAAAAAGCUUUUGGCUACUUCUUGAUCAAC